AUGCCAAUCAAAUCAAUCAACAUCUCCGUUGCAAGCCAUGAAACUAGAGAGGCCAUGGUCUCUCUUAUACAACGCGACAUUAACUUCUUUUCCUACACCAACCCUGAAGAACGCCUCGCCGCUAUCAAGGAGAUAUUCGCUCCUGACAUCGUCUGGUUCGACUUUGACGGCUCUACACACCACGGCCAUGAUGGCUUGCUUAUCCGAUCAUCUAUUCUACUGGAUCAGUUGAAGGGGUACUCGCAUCGAGCUGAUGGAGGAGCCAGUGUAUGCCAGAAUAUGGCCACUGCACGUUGGGAGGUUGUCCCGGAGGGUAGUGAGGCAGAUGAUGAGCAGAUACCGGUCAUUCAGGGUGGUGACGUGCUUGUCGUGGAGGACGGGAAAAUCAAGAUCUUGUGGUCGUAUGUCGAUAGACAUGAUGAGGUUCUGUUCCCUCAUUUGGGACAGUGA